AUAAGCAGGACAAUGGCCACAGGGCCCUGGCGAGUGGACCUUGCCCCACACGCCAGCACUCAGGACAGAGCACUACCCUCACCAGCAUGGAGGGUCCACUGCGCCUUGCCCUGCUCCUCAGUGCCCUGGCUGGCCUCCUGCUGCCCGAGGGGAGUGUGUUCACGGGCCGUGAGCUUGCGCACAGAGUCCUGAGGAGCCGCAGGGCCAACUCUGUCUUCGAGGAGCUGAAGAAGGGGAACCUGGAGCGGGAGUGCUUGGAGGAGGUCUGCUCUUACGAGGAGGCCCGCGAGGUCUUCGAGGACGACAGGAAGACGAUUGAAUUCUGGAACAAAUAUAAAGAUGGGGACCAGUGCGAGAACAGCCCUUGCCAGAACCAGGGCACCUGCAGGGAUGGCAUUGGGGAUUACCUAUGCAUCUGCACAGAAGGCUACGAAGGCAAAAACUGUGAGCUCUUCACCAGGAAGCUCUGUAGCCUAGACAAUGGCGACUGCGAGCAGUUCUGCCAGGAGGUGCAGAAUUCGGUGGUGUGCUCCUGCGCCAAGGGCUACACCAUAGGCAACGACGGCAAGUCCUGCAUCUCCACAGAGAUGUUCCCCUGUGGGAAGGUCACUGGGGGACGGAUGCGCAACGAGAGGUCGGCGGCGCAGGUCACCGACAGCAGCGAGACAAAAACUGACAGCACCACGCUAGCACAGGAGGACCUGAGCCCCACCAAGGACUCACUCAGCCUCUACCCCAACAACACAGACGUGGGAAUGGCAGACAAUGAUGGCGGCCGCAUUGUGGGCGGCCAGGACUGCAAAGAAGGGGAGUGCCCCUGGCAGGCUCUGCUUGUCAACGAGGACAACAAGGGGUUCUGCGGGGGCACCAUCCUGAAUGAGCACUACAUCCUCACCGCGGCUCACUGUUUGCACGAAGCCAAGCGGUUCACAGUGAGGGUGGGUGAGCGGAACCUGGAGAAGGAGGAGGGCAAUGAAAUGAUGCAUGAGGUGGAGACGGUCAUAAAACACAGCAAGUUCAACACACACACCUACGACUGCGACAUCGCGGUCCUCAGGCUGAAGACGCCCAUCACCUUCCGAAGGAACGUGGCCCCCGCCUGCCUGCCGCAGAAGGACUGGGCCGAGGCCACGCUGAUGACGCAGAAGACAGGCAUUGUGAGUGGCUUCGGGCGCACGCACGAGAAGGGCCGUCAAUCCAGCACCCUCAAGAUGCUGACGGUGCCCUACGUGGACCGCAACACCUGCAAGCUGUCCACCGGGUUCACCAUCACACAGAACAUGUUCUGUGCCGGCUACAAUGACAAGCUGGAGGACACCUGCCAGGGGGACAGCGGUGGCCCCCACGUCACCCGUUUCCAGGAUACUUACUAUGUGACCGGCAUUGUCAGCUGGGGAGAAGGGUGCGCCAGGAAAGGGAAGUUCGGGAUCUACACCAAGGUCACUAACUUCCUCAAGUGGAUCGAGAAGUCCAUGCGGGCCAAGGUGCCACCUAGGCCGGAGACCCCAGUGCCGGCCACGCCUGCCCAUUAAAGGAGUCUGCUCUGGGCACCCAGGAA